AUGAACGCCCCCGACGCCGACGCCACGAACCCACACGCCGACACGUCCCAACCAUCCGUUCACCAGCCCGACCCCGGACGCCGCAGGAUGUCCCUAAUGAUCAGCGAUGUCGUGCCGCAGUCUGUCCACGUCCACAACUACCUCCACCUCGUCGGCGUCGUGAUCCUCUACUUCGACUACCUCCUCACCAUCGACGAAGAAUACUGGCGCAUCUGGCGGCCCCGCAAGACUCUCCGCACUACCUGGCUCUUCUACCUCAACCGAUACCUUCCCCUGGUCGCGGACAUCGCUGUGAACUUCGGCAACUUCUAUGGCUACUGGAACGAGCAUUUCCCGCUAUGCAGCGCGCCAGACGGACAGAACGCCGACCAUGCUGCACAUCGGUAUAGCUGCCGACAGUACGCGUUCUUCCGCCAAGUGCUCCUGAUCGCCAACCAGGUCGUUGUAUGCCUUUGUCUCUUUCUGAGAACCUUCGCGCUUUACGGCCGCAACUGGCACGUCGGAGGCGCCGUCCUCGGCUUUGCAGGAAUUCUGUUUGGGGUGUCAUGUUGGUCUGUGGUGGGCCAACAUGAAGACGUGCAACUGAAAGGGGGGUGCCAUUUGGCGGCAGACCGACUCACAGCUAUCCGAAUUGCUGUCGCAUGGGAAUCGCUGUUCCUGUUCGACCUAAUGCGUCAUGGCCUCCGCCAACCUGCCAAUACCCUAACUUUUUAUUUCGCCGAGCCCCUCCUCCGCGGCUGCCUCUCCACCGCCGCAUCCAGCAUCUCCGUCACGAUGAUGUCCCGCCUCAUGCUCAACCUCCAAGCCUCCGCGUCCCCGCAUCCGUCCGCGAUGACCGCGACGAGCUCCGGGGGUCCGCCCACGCCCGGCCGGCCCAGCGCCGACACCGCGCUCAUCUUCUCCACCCGCCUCUCUUCUCGCUCGCGCACACCGGGACCGGGCUGGGACGAUGAUGGGGCUGGGCACGAGAACCGGGACGGGACCGGGGACGACGACGACGACGUACGGGCGCGGAACGAUGGCUGCAGGCAGCUUCGCAACGAGGUCGCCGGGUCGGAGUCGGACAUCGAGGUGGAAGCGCGGCGUCCGGCGCCCGGGAAGCGCAUAGCGGAGGAUUGGGGAUGA